AUGGACGAAGAGGGAUAUGUGAUGACGACUUAUGGUAAAGGAUGGGUAGGGACUUGUCUUGGUGUUUUAUCUUCUUCCUCAAGCUCCAUCUCCAAUAUACCAUCUUAUUUGACACUGAUGAGAACAUUGGUCAUCUCGAGCUCGCAAUACCCAUCGUUCGAAAGGGAAGUCAUACACCCUAUCAUGGGUAAAUUGUCCGUGUCGUUGGGGAAAUUGUUGGAAAGGAGUAUAUCUGAAAAUCGACCAGAGUGGGAUGUCAUCCUCGAUCUCCUUUCGAUCGUUCGUCAACUCAUCAUCCACGCCCCAGCGCCUUUCAGACCAUUGUUACCGACCCUCAAACCCUCUUUGUACCACCUGAUACUUCAGAUACCUACUCCCACCAAUCCAUACCCCUCGAUCCCGGACGAGAUCCGCAAAUCCGCUUCCGAGCUGGUAGCUACUUUACAUGUGACUGCCGGUAAGGCCAACUCGCCUCAAACGUGGGGCAUGGAGAUGCGGGAGGCUCUAGGAGGAUUCGGAAGAGCUAUGAGUGGACUGACUACUGAUGGCUGGGAAGAAGAACCUAUCAAAGCUCAACCUCCGAACCCGCCGUCGGCAUUACCUGAAUUGCCUGUAGAUCCUCUAGGUAGGUUACCUGUAGCUUUGGAUUGGGCAGAAGGAUUCACCGAAGUAAUUCUUGCUCUACUGAGAUACCCCACUGCGCGACCUGUACCUGUCCCUAUCGCUCAGAUAGUAUCUGCGGGAUUGAGGUGUCUCGCAAUCACUCUUGACACGCCUACUGUACCGUACAUCUCACCUCAACAUCAUGCUGCUUUGCUCGCUUAUUUGCCCAGGAUAUGGACGCUAGGUAUGCAGCUUAUUGGAAGUGUAGCUAUUGCGUGUGGAGAUCAUCUCUUCCCCCACCUAGGUAAUAUACUGGAUCACACUGUAUGGCUGGCGGAGAGAUCUCCAGCAAGUAUGACUGAUUCACAAGUACAAUUACUCAGAUUCCAUCACCUUCUCCUCACCAUCUUCCCUCCGGCGGUUGUACGCCUCGAGUAUCCUACCCGGCUUCUCAGACUGUGCUUGACAAGGGUCCAGCCGCUACUGGAGAAUCGAACGAAAUCGGAUAUCUCUUCUGGAAAUGUCGGUGGAGGUGGUAAGAGAGGUAAGAAAAGAGCUAGAAAUGCCGAAGAUGGGUUGGUAGGUGGGUUAGAAGGGAGAGAGGUUAGGACCGUUGGAGUUGAUGAAGUGAAAGUUAUCGUUUGUGCUUUACAAUUGGUUCCCCUCUUACACCCUACUCCACUACUCUCACCAUCACUGCUCACAUUCUCUAUCCGCCUUCACCUCUCGCUGCAUCUAUCGAUACACUCCCUUGGAGGUAUACUAUCCUCUUCGUCUGCUCAAAGUGAAUUGCGCGAGAGUGUGCAUGACGUGUUGGGAAAGGCAGUCUUGAUGACUGAGGGAGAAGGAGGUACAGGAAGAGGAUGGAAGAGUCUGAUCAUCUCUGUACUUGAGCAGCAUUCUGAAAAUCUCGCUCCCGCCUUACAUCCCUCUUUACCACCACUCGCACGACCCAUGCCACCUCUAUCACAAUUGCAUUUCUUUGUAAAAGAGGGAGGAGAGGAGAGGAAAGAAAGGAUAGCAAUGGGCUUUGGGAUGACAGACGAUGAUCUUUUGAACGAAGAACAUCAAGAAGAUGAGGAGAAUGUCAUUGUUGAGCAAUCCGUGGAGAAGACUUCGACAAUAUCCAAUGGCACUAUCGCUCAGCAGGCCAGUGCAAUUUCGCGCUCAAUAAGUACCUCCACUACCAAUCCAAUAACGCAGGCGCAGACUGGCCCUUCAAUACAGAAGCACGUAGAGGUGGAAUCGACCUUGGUCCCUGCUACUACUCCUUCGGUCGUCACAGACCAGCCAACAGCUCUUGUGACCCAUCUCCCUCAGGCUGAAGCAUUCGCGACAUCGGAAUCAUCAACCGUUGCAUCGAAUUUCAUCUCACAGCCCUCUUCAUCCACUACGAAAAUCAGCAGCCGGAGCGAAGAGAAGAAAAUUGACUUGGGUGAUAUAGUCAUGUUAAAUCAAGAUGAUGAUGAUGAUGAUGAUGAAGGUAUACCGGAAUUGGAUAGUGGGAGUGAUGAUUUUGAUGAGGAUGAAGAUGAUGAGGAAGAAGAGGAGGGAUGA